GAAAGCCGAGAGAAUGGGAGAUUAUCACUUUGUGUACAAAGAUGUAGAAGGAGCCUCAACUCAAUGGGAUGAUAUACAAAGGAAGCUUGGAAAUUUGCCUCCGAAGGAGCCGACGUUCAAGCCUCCUCCUUUCACCCCUGCCUCUGAUUCCGAUACCCAACCUAAAGACAAAGCCUGGCUCGAUUCCAAAAGCCUGGAUGAACUCGAAGAGCUAGAAGACGAUCUUGACCUUGACGAUGAUCGUUUUCUCCAAGAAUACAGGAAGAAGAGGUUAGCUGAGAUGCAAGAGGCAGCUAAAGUCAUAAGGUUUGGAUCAGUGAUUCCGAUAUCGGGAUCUGAUUUCGUUCGAGAGGUUUUACAGGCUCCAUCUGAUGUUUGGGUGGUUGUCAUCCUUUACAAAGAAGGGAUUCCUGAAUGUGCACUAAUGAUGCAAAGCAUUGAAGAACUGGCUGUAAGAUAUCCUGCAACAAAAUUUGUCAAGAUAAUAUCCACUGACUGCAUUCCCAACUACCCGGAUCGUAAUCUUCCCACUUUGUUGGUGUACAACAAUGGAGCAGUCAAAGGAAAUUAUGUGGGUUUGCAUAGUUUUGGGCGAAGAUGUACUCCUGAAGGUGUUGCACUAGUCCUGUGCCAAUCAGACCCUGUUCUUAAUGAUGGCCACAAUAGAGAUGAGCAAUCAAGAAAAGCUGUCAUUGAAGGAGUCCGCAAGAGGUUUAUAGAGAAAGUUGUUGCCGAUCAUGAAGAGGAUGAUGAUGAUUACUCGAGUGAUUAGCAUUUUGUUUUUAGGGGGUUAUGUGUCUGCCUUUCUUUCAAGUAAGAUGUCUCCAAUCGAUGAAGUGAAGCAAUACAUAUGUGGAGUUUUAUUUUCCACAACUUUGCUUCUAUCCCUCUAUGUAGAGUUUUUCUUUCCUUUUUUCCCCUUCCCUGUGCCUUCUAAUUUUUCUUAUACAGCAGGAGGAUAAAGUUUGGUGGUUGGUUUUUUAGUCUCGUUUGAGUUAACAUCUACCAGUAUGAUGUGUGAUUCUCAUUUUCUUGUAAUAGAAAGUAAUUUAAUUCAGGUUUGCUUUAACAUCUUGCCAUUAUUUUUGUUAACAUUAUUAAUAAGGAGCCAUGUAAUCGUCAAUUUGCCAUCUUUUGGGAAAUAUAUGACAUACGCAUUAUACU